CCUGUGAUGAAAGUUUGUAAGUUUGAAUUUCAUUCAUCCACAUUAUUCUGUGCAUCAAGAUCUCAUUCUCCUUCUGUAUUAGAUUAAUCUCUCAUUUUCAGUCUCUGUGUUCCAGGUGUUUCUGCACACAUAGUCACCAGGCUUUGGGAAUAUAUUGGUAGAGUUCAAGUCUGUUUAUAGUUGCAAAUACCUGCCAGAAUUUCUAGAGUUGUCUCUUUUUAGUCUGUCUAAUUCCCUGUACAGCAGAUGGCACUGGAAGAGGGAGACUACAGUCAUGUCAUAAUUUGUGCAAAAUACUAGCAAAGCUGUUGCUGUGCUGAGGGUUGUGAAGAAGUUGCAUAAUUCAUUUUAAUGUAUUCCAGGAAGGAGUGUAUGCCUGGGUUGUUCUGCUUUAGCUCUGUUAGAUGCAGACUGUAAAGAAUUCUAUACUUGCAUGCAUAUGAGUGUAUCAUAUAUUGAGGGCUGUUUAUACAGCGUUUUUAAACACUUUGAUAUGCAAUGCAGAAUUAGCUGGUACUAUUUAAGUACAUGCAAAGAAAGAGGAGUAUUGGGAUCAAUUAGGGUAUUUGACUUCAGGGUGUAUUUUUUUUCUCCUGUCUUGGAUACAAUAUGUAUAGCAGGUAUCAUAGCGUGGGGUCUGUAUGGACAACUUGUUUAGAGACUUGCUGUCCUGAUGUGAGUGUGUUCCAUUUACUUUGGAGAGCUUAGACCUGGACUGUCACUAGAUUUUUAAUGUCUUCUCAUGCAUAAAUGAACUGGGCUUUUGGAUAGUUGCAUGUUGUUUAUGUGCUUUACAGUUGAUUAUCAAACCUUUCAUAUAUCUUGGCAUGAAUUUUUACAAGGAUACAACUUAUAAGCCAUGCAUUUUAUAGAAUCCAGAAUAUACUGAGUUGGAAGGGUCCCAUCAGGGCAAUUGAGUCCAGCUACUGCCUCUGAGCAUGACACCCCAAGAGUCACACCAUGGGUUUAAGAGCAUUGUCCUGACACUUCUUGAACUCUGUCAGGCUUUGUGCUCUGACCACUUCCCUGGAGAGCCUGUUCCAGUACCCAGCCACCUUUUCCUGGUAUCUAACCUAAAUCUCCCUGGAUUCAGCUUCAUGCUGUUUCCUUGAGUCCUGUCACUGGUCAUAAGAAUGAAGGGAUUGGUAUCUGCAGACACUACCUUCCACAAGAAGGAGGGAACAUUUCUGGAAAAGUGGAAAUAGUAUCAGCUUGUAGAUGUCAGAAGGAGUUGGAGAACACUUGAUUUCACAGGUGACGCUAAUGUGACAGUUCCCAAGCUUCUGGUACUACAUAAACAAAAGCACAGUUACAUUUAUCAAAUUAAUGACUCAAUUUAUCAAUGCUCUGACUUUGUUAGUUUAGGAGAAGCAUGCAAUCCUAAAGUUAUAAUUUUCACUCAUUUUGUAGGUUAAUUUGGUUAUAUACGACAAAAAGUUCUAUAAAUUGGGAAGGUGGCAAAAUUCAAAUAGUUGAGGAAUAGAAGGUCAAUGACAUUCUGAGUCUCCUUUUUAUUGGCAUGUAAGUCUCCCUUUAUCUGCACUUGUAGGAAAGUAAACAUAGUGUUUUAACCUUUGAAAAUUCAUACCCUUAACUCAGGAUUGUGUUCAAAUUAUGUAAAUGGAGGAUGGUGUUUUAGAAUUUCAUGACUCAUGAUACAACAGAUAUGUUAAAAGUGGAAAAUAACUAGUGAACAUAUAAAAUACUGAUCCUGGUUUUUUAAGGUCUUAAUACUCAUUUAUAGCAAGUAAUUGAUUCUUAGGCUUUUGUCUAGGCAGUUUUUGGUCAUGUUUGGUCUUUGCUGGAAAAAAAUAAAUCAGUUUUGAGACAAGAGAAACCUUUUAGUUUCUCCCCAUUGAAAGAAAGUGUUACUUAAUUUGGUAAUUAAGAAAAUGAAAUGGAAAGAUAUAAAUGUGCUCUAAAGAUGGACUUGGGAAAUAUUGGAGAUUAUGACUAGGCCACAGAACGAGUCUUUCAAAUAGGUUGAUGCAGAUAGGACUAGGGUACCAUCCAUGUAAAUGAAUUUUUACUGUUUCUGCUUUUUAUGGAGCAAUGUCCAUCCCUCCAGCAGCAGGGCUUUACUUAAAAUUUUUCAAGGUGUUUCGAAGUUCAGAAUCCAUAGAUGCUUCACAUUGCCUUUUAGUUUGCUUUGGAUAUGAUCCUUUAGCCCUUGUGUACUUGAGGACCAUAGAAGUUGGGCUGGGCAAUGGCAAUAGGCAGUGCACUGCUUUUUGGUUAUAGUAAUCAUUGUCCUUCCAUGCUUUUAUGUAGUUUUGAAUGCUUAUUUAAGAAAACGGUAUUGUUUAGUUGAUAAAACUUAUUUCAGUCCAUUGCACCAUUUUUCUCAGUAUGUUUGUAUUGUGAUACUCUGGGAGAAAAGUGGGAAGUGCGUACAUAAGGGCUGUUUUACUUUCCCCUCAGUCCACCAAGGUUGGAAGAUUUCUUGAAAGAUUCUUACACUCCUUCAGCUUGCCAUGCUUAGCCUGGAGCCAGGCUUACUGCUGCAGGUUGUGCUGCUAACAUCGCACAUAUUUGGAGGAAAUGGCUCUUGGAGUUAAAUGAGGCUGGAUAAAACAAAUAAAUGAAGCAGAAGCUGCUCUUCAUGUGUUAGGGCUAUAUCACCGCAAGCACUGCUGAUCAGCCAGAUUUGGUAACUUGUCAUAAUGAAGAAAAUCAGUCUCAAAACAAUUCGCAAGUCCUUUAACUUAAAUAAAAGUAAAGAUGAAAGUGACUUUGUAGUGGUUCAGCAGCCAUCAUUAAGUGAAUUUGGAAAAGAUGACUCCUUGUUUGGCAGCUGCUAUGGUAAAGAUUUGGCGAGCUGUGAAGUCAAUAGUGAAGAUGAAAAAGGAGGCAAAAAUAGAUCAAAAAGUGAAAGUUUAAUGGGUACGUUAAAAAGGAGGCUUUCAGCAAAACAAAAACAGAAAGGCAAAGGCAGCACACCAUCUGUAAGCUCUGCAGAUGAUGACACAUUUUCUUCCUCAUCUGCUCCAAUAACCUUCAAAGAUGUGCGAGCUCAAAGACCUCUGAGAUCCACUUCCCUCCGUAAUCACCAUUACAGCCCAACUCCAUGGCCCCUUCGACCUACAAAUUCAGAAGAGACUUGCAUCAAAAUGGAAGUGAAAGUCAAGGCCUUGGUCCAUUCCUCUAAUCCAAGCCCAGCACUGAAUGGUGUUCGAAAAGACUUCCAUGAUUUGCAGUCAGAAAAUGUGUUCCAGGAACAAACCAAUGCAUUAAAAAAUACGGAAUCUCAGAACGGGGACUUGCAUCUUCAUAUUGAUGAACAUGUGCCUGUAGUUAUUGGAUUAAUGCCUCAGGACUACAUUCAGUAUACUGUGCCUUUAGAUGAGGGAAUGUAUCCUUUGGAAGGAUCACGUAGUUACUGUCUGGAUAGUUCCUCACCCAUGGAAGUUUCAACUGUUUCUUCUCAAGUGGGGGGAAACGCUUUCCAUGAAGAUGAGAGCCAAGUGGAUCAGGAUGUAGUCGUUGCACCGGAUAUCUUUGUGGACCAGACGGUGAAUGGUUUGUUGAUUGGUACCACAGGAGUCAUGUUGCAAAGCCCAAGAGUUAAUCAUAGCGAUGUCCCUCCACUCUCACCUUUGCUACCUCCAAUGCAGAAUAAUCAAAUCCAAAGGAACUUCAAUGGAUUAAAUGGCACAGAUGCCCACGUGGCUGAAAGUAUGCGCUGCCAUUUGAAUUUUGAUCCUAACACUGCCCCAGGAGUUGGAAGAGUUUAUGACUCUGUACAGAACAGCGGUCCUAUGGUUGUGACUAGCCUCACAGAAGAACUGAAAAAACUUGCAAAACAAGGAUGGUACUGGGGCCCCAUUACACGUUGGGAGGCAGAGGGAAAAUUAGCUAAUGUGCCUGAUGGCUCGUUUCUCGUUAGAGAUAGUUCUGAUGAUCGUUAUCUUUUAAGUUUGAGUUUUCGUUCCCAUGGAAAGACUCUUCAUACUAGAAUUGAACACUCAAAUGGUAGGUUUAGUUUUUAUGAACAGCCAGAUGUGGAGGGACAUACAUCUAUAGUUGACUUAAUUGAACAUUCAAUCAGGGACUCUGAAAAUGGAGCUUUCUGCUAUUCAAGAUCCCGGCUGCCUGGAUCUGCAACUUACCCAGUGAGACUGACAAAUCCAGUAUCCCGGUUUAUGCAGGUGCGCUCUUUACAGUACCUGUGUCGUUUUGUAAUACGUCAAUACACCAGAAUAGACCUGAUUCAAAAACUGCCUUUGCCAAACAAAAUGAAGGAUUAUUUACAGGAAAAGCACUACUGAAAGCUUACGGGAAUCUUGCAUCUUGCACUUUGGGAACAACAACAACAAAAAGAGAUUGAACUACAGUUUACAGACUUUCAUUAUUAUCAAAAUCUUUUGCUGCCAUAAAAAUAUUUCAUUUUUGUGUGUAAAAGAAAAGUAAUGCAUUUGGGUUUGUUUGUUUUGGGGGGUUUUCUGUAUUUUGGGAGGCUUUUUUUUCUUGUUUUGUUUUGUUGGAAAGAAUGAUCUCAAGUUUAUUUUUAGAAGUGUGAAAUAGCUAUCUUUCAUCAAUGUGCAGAUUAAUCACAAUGUGAAUGAUCAAAUUCUCCUUAAUUUCCCCCAAGUCCUUUGCUGCUAUCCACUGUGAUUUUUAUGCAUUGAAAGCACAUUUCAUGUGUAUUCAACGAUAAGUAAAAGUCAAAUGAAACUUGUUGAAUGGAUUUUAUUUUUUUUUCCUUUAAAACAACCUCUGGAAAAAAAUGAUCAUGGAUAAGGAACAUAUUGGUAUUCUAAAUUACUGAUUUUUACAUCUAAGUUAAAAACUGUUUCCUAGUGUUGUAAUUAGACAUUUCUAUAGAGGUAUGCCCCAAUGUAUAGACAGAGCUGUGUGAUAAGAACAUGGUUAUGCAGCAUAUCUUUGGGAAAAAAAAAGCCUUCCUCCUAAGCCUUGUAAUGUCUGUACACUCUUGUGUUUGAGAAGGUUGGUUCAACCUUCUUCUCGUCUCAGUGUUUUGUCCUCUAAAAAUGGCCUUUAAAAAACAGUCUAUGAAAGUCAAUGUAUAGUACCUAGAAGGAAAUUGUGGUAUUGGGGUCUUGUAAAAUAUAACCUUUUAUAAUCAUGCCAUCAGUUAAUAAAUGAACACCUACCAGGUCCCCUUCUUCUUUACAUUUCUGCUUACUCUUGCAGAGCAAGGGAGGGAAGUUUCCUGGAUUUGUAGGAAGACUCUAGGAAUUGUUAUCAUGGGAACGUAAAUUUAUAAGCCAUUUUGGGGAUGGGGUAAAACUUCUAAUAGGAUGAUUUCUACCAUAUUUAUAUUCAAGCUACUUGAAAUUUUAUAGUUUCCAUUUUUCUACAUUUUUCUUUUACUUCAGAAAGUACAGUGAUACACUAAUGUCCUUUGGAACAUAUUCCCCUUUUUUCUAUGUCCUUUGAGGAGGAAGGAACAGGACUGGUAACAUUUUAAAUGGAAGAUGUUUAAAAUGCAUCUCUAAAGUGCUAUUUUCCUAGCCUUUGAAAUUACUGGGAAGAGAUGUUUGGAUAUACAGUGACCGCAGAAAAUGUUCAGUUUGCUGUCAUGAAAUAUGUUUUGACAUAUGAAAUAUUGAAUCAAUUAAGUAAGUGUUCAUGAUAUCUGUCAAAGAUUCUGGCAUUUGAAAAGCUUACAGUUAUUCUAACCUUCUGUAGGGAAAAAAUUACUUUCAGUGGGGAGUACAGGUUCUACACUGUAAUAUUUUCAUCAUGCAAGGUUAAUCCAUGGCAUUUUCCUGUUUUAUUUUGGUUUGGUUUCCUGUUUAGUUUGGUUUUCUUUUCUCCCAUGUUUCUAUCACUUUUAUGAGUUACUUGCUAUAAAGGGGUCAUAGCUGGCUUGGGAGGGAGGCCUGCCUCUGCCUGGCUGAGAGGCCUUUCUUUGCAUGCCUCUGCCCCACUGUUUCGUAUUUUAGAAUGUCAUAUUCCCCAUCUCUGGAAGAAGUGGUUAAUGAGUAAAGAUCACCUUAGGAAAAAAAGUCCAUCUUUGAUACAUCUUUCUUGUUUGGGUCAUUUUCUUCUCCUUAUUUAAUCUAGUAUUUCUGUCCCCUAAAAUGAGACUUUAGAAGUGAAUACAGUAUUGCUGCAAGGUGGUGCAAUAGCACUACAUCUUGGGUUGCCUGAAUUGAUAGACAAAAUUUAUAUUUUUUUAAUUUAUUUUUUUGACCAUAAUGUUUAACUAAAAAAUAAAAAGUAAAUCAAAGGUAGAUAAGACUGCCUUUGCUUUUAAGGGAGGGAGAAUAAGGAUUUCCUCUUUAGUCUGAAAAAGUUUUAAACUUAAAAAAGAAAAUAAUCUAGAGCAGUCUAUACAUGUAAUUUGUUGGCUCUGCCAGAUAUAUGAAAGGGAGAAUUCUGUUUUCCUUUUCUUUCUUCUACUGGCUUCUCCCGCUACCCAGUCAUGUCUCGUCCCCCCCACCCGUGAAUCAGGAUCACUAACUUUAUUCAAAAAGGCACAAUAACCUAUUGUAUGGUACAGUGUUCUGAUUCUGUCUGUGGGGAGGAAAAAGAAAAUCAUUUUUAUGGAUUUCAGAUGCAUACUUUUGGAAGAAAACCUCUGGCAUUUUCUUCACUUUAAAAAUUCUUUCCCCAUACUAGAGGGCCUAUGCAUUCUACAGAAUCUUUGAAAGAUUAUAGUAUAUAAAAUAUUUUCUUUGCCAUUUAAUACCACUAUUGAAUACAUUAAACAUAUGUUUAUACUAUGCCACAUGCAUUAAUUUAGCAGUCAUUGCAUUGAAACCUAAAUAUUUGAAGCUAUAAUAUCCUGGUCUUACUGUGGAAGUGAAAAACGUGAAAGAACACACAUGCUAAAAUUCUUGCCCAUGUCAUUAUAAAUUUCAGUUGUUCACUCAUAAGUGAUGGUUUUUUUAAAAAAACCCUCUGUUUCAGCUAUCCAGUUUUUGAAUUGCCUUCCUUGCUGUGUUCUUCAUCUGUGAACUUAACCAGGUCAAGUUAGCUUUGUCAUUUCCCCACCCUGCUAUAAAGCUACCACAAAAGGAACACUUAAAAGAGGUUGAGGUCUAUGGUGUAAGAACCGUAGAGCACUUUGCUUCCAAAUAAAAAAUGGUGGUGAUAUUUCUACUAAGUUCCAAAUACUUUAAAUCAGUAAUAAGUAGACACAAAUACUUAUUUUUACAGGUUUCUUUAAUCAGAACCUCACAGUAUUUUUUCAUACUGAGGUUUCUGGCCAACCAGGAGAAGGAACCCAGAAAAAAAUUGUUUAAAAACAUUAAAGAUACUUACAAUUUCCUAUUAAAAAGAUUAAUAUAAAAGAAACACAGUAACAUUUAGUUAUGAGUCAACUUAGAAGCACUCAAAAUAACCACAAAACUUGUGUUGACUUCUGCUUCAUGAAAAUUAGAGGAACAAAGCGUCCUUGACAAAAAAAAAAGGAAGAUGGAGGAUAUUUUGGGGACCUUUGGAGGUAAAUACACUAGGAAUAAAAGCUAACAGACUAUGAUCCUUAUAGAGUAGAAAUAUGGCUAUUUGUUCAGCACAACAGUUUAUGGGUUCAGAAGGUAUGCUUUUUAUGCAAUUGAAUUGAGGAAAAAUGUUUUUAAAGACAAAACUUUAAAAUAAAACUCCUUUUUUAAGUGUCCAAAAUGAUUGACAUUAUUGAUAACUGCUUUACCAAUUAGAAGAGUAAAACAACACCUGGCAUUUGGAAAUAAUAAAUUUGCACAAUUUCCUGUGAGGUUUUUUUUUUGUUUUGUUUUGUAAGCCAGUGUUAUAAACAACUGAAAGUGAUGUGUAUUCUUUGAUCUGUUUGAAGGAUAUAGCGCUUAUCCUGCUGUUGACAUAGUGAAUGCCACCUUUUUAUCAAAAUGUAAUUCUGUCAGAAGGAUCAGAAAUGCAAUUAUUAAUUAAACUCUUUGUUCUCAGAUGAGCUGACUGUGCAUUAUGUUAAAGCUGAUUUCUUUCUGUGAAUAUUGACUGCUGGGCUAAGUAAGAUUUGUGCAGUUUUUGUUUUGAUGCAUUUCAUCUGUGUGAAUACUGGAAUUAUAAAUUUAAAACAGCAUACCAGCAAUAUAUGGGCUAUGAUGAGAAGUAUUUCUCUGUUACUGAACUUUCAAAUUCUGAGCUAAGCUAUAGAUGAAUUAAUGAUUGCCAAUUUAAUUUCUUGAAAUCUUUCUAUGACUGCAAAAAAUAAAAAUUACAGGCAUUCUUUAUAAAUAAAAAAUGGCCUAGGUGGUAGUUCAUAAUGUGAAAAAUAUGGCAUUGUUGUAUCUGGAAAGUGAUCUAAAUUCUACACAGAUAAUGAAAAAUUCUAAAAGAAUUUUUUAUGAAUACCUGUUGGGUUAAAGAAUUUUUAUAGAUGAUGGAGUGCCAUGAAGUUAAUACUUGCAAUCCAGAUUGCUGUAGUUUACACUUUUCUCUGUUUCAGACCUGGUGUGCGCUAUUUGUACUAAGCACGCCACAGAGUGAAUUAUCCAAAGUCCAUUGAUUUUAAUGUGUUUUGGUUUGUAAACAAAAUUAUAGUAAUUUCUUGCACAUUUUUGAAAAAUAAUUGUAUAAGGAUUUAUGUAUCUGCUUCUGGAUACAGUGUGUAAAUAAAAAUUUCAUUCACAGAAA